AUGCGACGGAGGCCGAUGUGAGUGAGGCGGACCUGGACCAGGAGGAUCAGGAGAAGCAGCCGAUGACCGGGGGAGGAGACCGAGCUGCGGACGCUCCGUCAGCUCCUCCAGCGGGCGGAGAGGUGGCGGAGAAGAACGGCGCCGUGAAGCUGAAGAUCCCCGAGGACGCGGAGGAGGUGAAAUUCACCGGGCUGAACAAGGAGGAGCUGCUGAAGGUGGCGGGGACCCCGGGCUGGGUGAGGACCCGCUGGGCGCUGCUGGUGGUGUUCUGGCUCGGCUGGUUGGGGAUGUUGGUCGGAGCCAUCCUCAUCAUCCUGCAGGCUCCUCGCUGCCGAGAGCUGCCCACCACCAACUGGUGGAAUGACGGCCCCCUGUACCAGAUCGGGAGUAUCCAGGCCUUCACCGACUCCCACAACCUGAAGGGUCUGGAACAGAAGAUCGGCAGCUUGUUGGAGCUUAAGGUCAAAGGUCUGGUGGUCGGACCGAUCCACGUCGCUCCACACAAUGACACCAUGAGCCUGAGAUUCGAGGAGAUUUCCCCUGAGGCUGGAAGCCUGGAGCAGUUUAAAGGUUUCGUCCAGGCCGCUCAUAAGAAGGGCAUUUCUGUGGUUCUGGACCUGACCCCAAACUACCAGGGGUCAUCUGGACCCUGGUUCUCCUACAGUAGUGUGAAGUAUGUCGCUGAGAGGCUCAAGUCUGCUCUGGUGUUCUGGCUGAAUCAAGGUGUGGACGGCGUCCAGCUAUCGGGGGUGGAGCUUGUAGCCAGCCAGGAGCCGACUCUGUGGUCCGACAUCCGAGCCAUCGUCCAGAACGGGACGGACAGCAGGAGAGUCCUGAUCGGCGUCACAGAGCACUCCUCGGCUGAAGACGUGUCCUCCCUCCUCUCCUCCAGUGGUGUCGACCUGCUGAUCUCCAGGGUCCUCCGUCAAGACAAGGACGCCACGGAGUAUGCUCAGUCCAUCCAGCUCUUGUAUUCAUCCCACAGCCAGACCAACCUGGCCUGGAGCCUGGGGGGGCGGACUGAGGGUCACCUGGCAUCGCUGGUGGGCCCGACUCUGGUCAGACUCUACCAGCUUCUGCUGCUGACGCUGCCUGGAACACCGGUGUUCAACUACGGAGACGAGCUUGGACUGACAGACAAGGGCACCAAGUUUCCCAAGAUGCUCUGGGACUCUGAUGAAGAGCUGAAUGGGACUCUGCAGGAGGAGAGGGCCGAGUGUCUGUCCUGUCACCGUUUUUUCCGCAGUCUGAGUGAACUGCGAGGUAAAGAGCGCUCCCUGCUGUUCGGAGACUUGGUCCUCCUCUCUAACUCCUCCUCCUCCCUGGCAUACCUGCGGGUCUGGGAUCAGAGUGAGCGUUACCUGGCCGCCUUCAACUGGGCAGAGGAGGCGGCAGUGCUGCGGCUGAGCGGGGCGGCGUUGCCCCAACAGGCUUGUAACGUCCACUUGCUGAGGAUCUCAUCACCUCCGACGUCCCUCCUGAACAAACCUCCAUAA